AUGAACCAAAGCCAUGACGAAGAUGAAAAGAGGCUUUUGAUCUUGAGCGGAAAGGAUGUAGAUGAGAUAUUGGAUGGGAUAUCAAUCAAUGAUCUAAUCGCGAAUCAGACGGAUGUAUUCUCGACAUACUCUUCACAAAAUGAAAACAGAUGGGAAUCACCAAUCAGAACAACAAUCAAUUCAUCGGCUCAUACGCAUCUGUUCAUGCCAAGUAGAAAUGAAGAUCAAGUGACGAUAAAAUGCGUUGCUGUCCCUAAACCUGGUGGUAAUGCAACCGGAUUACCUGCUACAGGGUUAGUAUUUCAUCCUACAAAAGGACAAACAAAAGUUAUCAUAAAUGUUGCACAAUUAACUGGCGUAAGAACGGCAGCAGGUUGUUUAAGUGCGAGUAUUGCAAUGCAAACGACCAAAACACCCGACAAAACAAAAGAUGGAAAUAUUGUCAUCUUUGGAACUGGCAUGCAGGCUAAAUGGCAUGCACGUUUAUUUGUAGGGUAUUAUCGAUUAGGAAAAGUGACAUUUAUCACAACAAGUGCACAAAAGGUAAAAGAAGCAAAAGCAUCACUUCAACAACAGUUACCGAAAGAGACACAGGUGGAUGUUCUACUACAAGACAGUCCAGAAAUGAUCACAGUAUUGAAUGAAGCACACUUUAUCUGCGGCUGCACACCGUCCACCGAACCACGUUUUGCGUGGGACAAAGUACGAUUACGAGAUGAUGUACACUUUUCCUUGAUCGGAUCAUACAAGUCCCACAUGCAAGAAGUUCCCGCAAAAGCAGUCGAGCGAGCAGCUUCAGAGAACGCAUUAUCGGUUGAUUCAAUCGAAGCUUGCAGUCAUGAAGCGGGCGAUUUACUCAAAUCUUCCACUUCUCCCAAAGAUUGGCAAGAGAUCGGAAAGAUUGUGCUAAACAAAAAUAGUCAAGAUGUUUCGGAUAAAUUUAGCAUGUUCAAAAGUGUCGGUUUCGCAUUGCAAGAUACGGCAAUCUUCAACUUAGUGGUAAAGCACGCAGAAGCAAAAGGCAUAGGUAAAAAAGUUGAUUUCUAUUAA